UACCAAUACUAUCUAUAGAGACUAAUUGUAUUUUGAAGUCAAUAUGAAAGGCCUAAUAUCGUCUUUUGUUUUCGUACCGAUCUUGGCAGUGAUAACAGCUAAUCCAGUUAUUUUUAAAGAAUCAUCACCCUCUGGUGAGGCAGUCGUGGCUAUUUCGUCAUCAGACCCUGAUUUCAACAAGUACAUUAAAUUCGCUUUCCCAAGCGAAGGGAGCUCUCAAGAAUCAGUAAUAACCGGAGACAACCCAGGGGUGCUCGGAAGGAGUUUCAGCUUUGUGACUCCAGGUGGUGCAGUGGCAGGAGACGGCAGAAGUUUCGUCUCCACAUCAUCCUUUAACCCGUACCUCCUGCCUUUCUUCUUCAACCCUAUCAAUUACGAGGGCAUCGGCCUCAAUAAUGCCGGACUACUCAACAACUGGUUCAGAGGAGCAGAAGGCUUCUACGAUCCUAGCUUCACCGGGAAUACUGAAGGUGAGGUCAAAACUGUGUCAGCGGUCAACGAUAACGGUCACAUUUACGGCAAUGUCAAGACAAUAACUUUUGAUAAUAGAGCUAAAAGUGUAAAAUCGUGAUAGUGAUUGUUACAUAUGAA